CUGUCCUAGGGAAAUCUGCCGGGAAGGGGGUCUUUAUCAGGAGCUUCUCCUACAGAGAAUCCUGUUUGAGACCCUGUCUGGGAGUGAUCUUUGCUCUCCGAGGUCGGGGGGUGGGGCAUUUUGGAGCCGAGAGCUCUUGUCCUCCCGGGGCCUCUAGGUCUGGGCCUUCCCUUUGGGUCGGUCAGUCCAGGGCAGCACAGUGAAUGGUGGGUCAGUCCAGGGCAGCACAGUGAAUCUCCUUCCCGAAGCCUUUUCUCCGUAGAUUGCUUCAGUCUUAUGUCUGUUUUUAAAACUAUGUGUUAUUUAUUUGAAAGGGUUCUGCAAACCGCAGGGCUGAAAGCCGAGCAUGGGGAAGAGCUGCAAGGUGGUCGUGUGCGGCCAGGCGUCUGUGGGCAAGACCUCCAUCCUGGAGCAGCUGCUGUACGGGAACCAUGUGGUGGGCUCUGAGAUGAUCGAGACGCAGGAAGACAUCUACGUGGGUUCCAUUGAGACGGACCGGGGCGUGCGGGAGCAGGUGCGCUUCUACGACACGCGGGGCCUCCGAGACGGGGCCGAGCUGCCCCGGCACUGCUUCUCCUGCACGGAUGGCUACGUCCUGGUCUACAGCACAGACAGCCGCGAGUCCUUCCAGCGGGUGGAGCUGCUCAAGAAGGAGAUCGACAAGUCCAAGGACAAGAAGGAGGUCACCAUCGUGGUCCUGGGCAACAAGUGUGACCUCCAGGAGCAGCGGCGCGUGGACCCAGACGUGGCUCAGCACUGGGCCAAGUCGGAGAAGGUGAAGCUAUGGGAGGUGUCGGUGGCCGACCGCCGCUCCCUCCUCGAGCCCUUCGUCUACCUGGCCAGCAAGAUGACCCAGCCCCAGAGCAAGUCUGCCUUCCCCCUCAGCCGCAAGAACAAGGGCAGCGGCUCCUUGGACGGCUGAAGAGCUGCCCCCCCACCCCCUCCCGACCCCAUCCAGCUCCUGGGACUCGCAGCGGUGGUGGGGUGGGCAGCAAGCCGGCCUUGCCGGUCAGCAGGGGGCGCUCUGCCCUCGGCCAGGCAGCGGCGUCACUGCCUCCUGGCUGCAGGAGAGGCUCCGGGAGAUGCACGAGUCUCGGUUAGUGCCCCUCCCCCUCGGCACUUCCCCUCCCGGCUGUCACCAUGUGGGCUCUUCCGUCCUGGGGGCAGUUGUGGGUCAGUGUCCUCCCAUCUGCGCUGGACAGGAAGCAAAGCUGCCAUGAAGAAGGGCCCCGUGCAGGGUCUGGUUCCUACUGCACUGCCGAGCUUCCUGCCUGUGAUCCACGCACUUAGAGGGUGGCCCGGUGCCGCGUGUGCGUGUGUGUGCGCGCGCACGCACACGCAUGUGUGUGCUGGAGUUAGGGGUGUCUCCACAUCCCUCACCCUGACCUUUUCCCUGGCCUUUCUUUGCCUGGAAGAAGCCAAGGGCAAUUUUCUGUCUGAACUCCCCACCCCAGUGUUUCACUUCCCCUUCCUGCUCAGGCAGCAGAUGGGCCUCAUUGGUUGGGGUGGAGUGGAGUGACCGCUGGGCUGAGUCACAAGCUGCCCUGUGGCCCAGCAAGGCCCGUCCCCUCUCUGGGCCUGCUGUCCCAGCGGAAGGUGACGGGAGUUGCCGGUCUCCUCACUCCUCUUCUAAAGCCGAGGCCUCUGGCCUCCUGGGACCGCUCCCCUUGCUUCCUCCUGAAGGUGCUAAGCCUGCCAGCCCUGGAGGCUGGGGCCCAUCACUCCCUCCGGCCACCAGGGGGCAGGAGUGUACUCCGCUGCCAGAGGGGCUGGCCUUGGCCCCUCCCUGGGGUGGUUUUCAGCCAAGAGCGGAACUUCUAUUUAAGUUACCUGUAUUUAUAUGCCUGCGGCCGUGCUGAAGGCGGGAGAAGGUGCUCCUCUUGCCUGCCUUACCUCACACCCCUGAACAGGACAGGGCCAGCCAGCAGCUGCUUCUCUGGAGUGGCCGGGCUCGGACAGUGUCACACACGCCACCAAGUGGGCCGUGACCCCCCAGCUCCGUUCUCCUACUGUGCACACCUGCCCACCUGGGAGCGCUGCAGCCCAGCAGCCUCCAGGCCAGAGGAGGUGAGCAGGAACAGGUGCCCGCGCAGGGCGAGGAGGAGCGGGGCGUCCAUGGGCUGGGCUUACAGUUCGUUUAUUGAUGCACUGGACACAAUAAAACCACACUGCUGUUAUCAAAAA